CAUAGAGGUUUGGUGGGGAUUAGGACCUAGGAAGUGGAGCUUGAGGGUUUCGUUUCCAGACCCCAUCAGCUGGCCAGAGCAGCAAGUUGAUGACUAUUGACUGUAGCUUGUUUGACUGGCCCAACAAAGCUAGGUUUAUGGAAACAGUUGAUUUGGGUCUUCAGAAGGACCUGUGACCGUUUGGUUUGCCAGAAUAAGAAAUCCAGAUGCCCUCAUCCUCUAGCCCCAUGGUGUAUAUACUUGGAGCCUCUUUGCAGAUUCCCUUCCUUGGUUCUGGACACAAGACAUGGACUGUGGUACACCCAGACCGGUCUCCCAGUACAUUCACUGUGGCUGGUUCUUGCACUGAGGAUAUGAAGACAGGGAGUUAACAGCUACAAUGGAUAAGGUGCACUAUGAGGUGGAGGAAAUCAUCAGUAAGUUGGAGGAGAAAGGCCUCAGUCCAGGAAACUCAACAGAAGACUAUUUGGCCUUCUUGUGGAAUCUUUACCAAGUCGCGGAAAGAAAUUUACUGGAUGCAAAUAACAGUUUGGAGGAGCUGAAACGGCAACAGGCCGAAGAAAUGACAGAGGUUGAGAGCUACGUGGCUCAUAUCCGGAGUCUCACCGAGGAGAGGGAGGCGCUUACCACAGACUUUGAAAAGGAAAAUAUACAGCUAAGGAUUGAACUGGAGAAGAUGCAGAUCCAACAAGAAUUACAGUUGAAGGAAGUUGAAGAGAUGCUGGAUCAGGAAGGCUUGAGUGAGAUCGCUCAAAGCAGCCCCAGUGAGCAAGUGGCUUAUCUGCUGGUGGAAAGAGCCACACUUCUGGAGAAGCUGGAGGGCCUGGAACUAAAGCUGGACUCCCACUCGGAGAAUCUGAGCAGUGAGAAGCAACAGGAUGAAUUGGAACAAAUUCAUCGGACUUUAGAGGAGGAACUCUAUCAGCAACGCGAAUCCAUGAGACGCACCAAGGAAACCCUGUACAAGGAAACCCUAUCCCCAGUUCAGAAACCCUGGAAGAAGUUGUUUGGAACACGUAAAAAUGCCUGUUCAUCAUUUGAUGAGGAGCUUGAAAAAGAAAGAAAAAUGAGGGAGUGUGUGGAAAGAGAUCUGAACGAAGCCGCCCAGAGGCUGAAAAUGGCCCACGAUGAGAUCCGCAAGCUUACUGAUGAUUUGCUGAUCAAGAAAAAGGAAAUUAACGAGCUUGAGCAUAUUAUGGAGAAGAAGAAGCAGGAGGCGAAUGAACUUCAACAGCAGCUUAAAGAUCUGAAAGAGAAUGAUUCUGCUGAUUUGCAAAAAGCCAAAGAACAUAACCUUCGAUUAGAUAAGGAGAUUCUCGCCUUACGCCAACGAGUCCGAACACUGGAUUCUGAAAGGAAGAAGCACGUGGAACAGAGUGAAAAGAGCGACAGUGACUCUACGUCUACCCGCAUGAGCCUGCAGGACAGUGAAGAACUUCAUAAAAAAUGUCGACUUGAGGUUGAAGAAAAGGAAUAUCUAAAUAAACAGCUCCUCCACAAACUAAAGAAGCUGCAGGCAGAGUUAGACGAUAUAGUGGAGCGCAAUGAGGAGCUGGAGUCCAUUCUGGGAGAGUCCCAGAAUCGAACCAAAGAACAAGUGGAUUACUUGGAAUCAGAAAUAGCCGGGCUCCAGAGAACUAUUAUAAAUUUGGAGUCCGAGCUCACGGAACUUGCGGAGCAGUGUGAAGCCAAAGAUGAGGCCUGCCGUUCGGACGGACCGAGCACAGAUUUAAAAAAGAAGUCCAAAAUGGAGCAGGAACUAACAGAAUUAAAGCCGAUGCUGAAAGGUAUACAAGAUCAGCUGCUGAGAGCAGAACGGGAGAAUAACAACUUGCGUUCAAGAAAUGAGCAUCUGGAAAAAGAGAAACGUUUGCAGGAUGAUAAGAUUUCCGAGCUGAUGGAGCAGUGUAAGAAGCUGAAAUCUGAAGUCGGAGAAAAGAAAUUGCACACAAAUAAGCACUUAGGAGAGGGGGGCAAGGAUUUGGAAAAGGAAAAAUGGAUUUAUAGUGCGGCUUUGUCCGAGCACCAGAGGAAAUGUGAAACCCUCCAAAGACAAAUCCAGGAGGGACUGGAGGAGAAGCAUCGCUUAUGGGAAGAGAACUUGGAGCUCAGACAAGAAGUGACAGUCGCCAGGCAGGAUCUGCAGGUCAAGAGAGAGGAGAUUGUACGCCUUAGACAGGACCUCUUCAAUAUGCAGAAUCCAAUGCCCAGACCUCAGAUCUGCGGAGAUGGAGCUGAGCAGAGUGUUUCAAAGAAUCUGGCUGGGGAUGCUUUUAUCCAGCAGCAGUUUGAAGAAAUCCGCCAACUCCGCCAAGACCUGAACAGAGUGCACAACGUCUGCAGCUCCGCAGAAAAGGAACUGAGAUACGAAAGAGACAAAAACCUGGAAAUCAAGAAACAAAAUAUCCUUCUGCAGAAGGAACAAACUAAGGUGAGCGAGGAAUUAAGCCAUGUGAAACAGAAGUAUGCCUCUGUGACUGCUAUGCUCUCCAGUCUGGAAGCUGAGCGGGAUCAGCAGCAGCAGAAGAUUAAGAUGACGGAACUGGAGCUUCUGAAAAUGAGCCGCAAUUCUAAGGUUCAGAACAGCUGGCAGGAGAAACUGGAGCAUGAAAAAUGCCGAGCGGUGGAUGCUGAAAAACUGGUCUCGGAACUGCAGCAACAACUGCGAGCCUCGCAGCACCAGAUUACUCUCUUGGAGACCCAGACAGCAGACAAGCGCCACCUGGAGGAAGAACUGAAAAAGGCAAGAGAGAAGGAAUCCAUGGUGAAAAUGGAAUUACAAGAGGAACAUCUUAAAAAGAAAGUUUUGGAUGAGAGCUUAGAGGUGUUGCAGCAAGAAAUUAAAAUCCUUCAUGAGAAAGAGAUUUCACUGACGGAGAGCAAUUGUACCCUUCAGAUUAAACUGCACCAGCAGCAGUCAAUGCUCCAGCACCUGGAUGAUGAGAGAAAGUCAGUCACUUCUGAGCGCACAAGUUGUGAGAGCGCAAAUCAGAAACUUCUAGAGAAACUGCAGGAUAUGCAGCAAGAGAAGGAGCAGUUAUUGAAGGAAUAUGAUAUUCUUCUGAAACGGCUGGAUGAUUCUAUCAGGAAAUACAAUGAAAUGCAACUACGCCAUAAAGCCAAACUCAGCCGAGCCAAGGAGAUCUAUUUAAAUGAGCUGAACCAGAAGGACCACCGCAUUAAACAGCUGGAGAUGGAGCUGAGUGUGUCCAAGAGCCAAACAGAGAAGGAACAGCAGCUGAUAAACAGCAUUACCGCAGUGAAUGAACAUUUACAUGAAGAGAAGAGACAGCUGCUUCUGGAAAUCAGUGAGCACGAAGCUACAGUGAGCAACCUCAAGUGGAAGUUGCGCUCAUUAAUGAACAGGAGUCAGUUUCUAGAUCAUGAAAACCAGCAGCUGAGAGAAAGCGUACUUCAGCUUUAUAACCAGAUGCGCUCACUAAAGCACGUAUUAAAGAAACUGCAGGCCCUCAACCUUCCUGAUAUCGCAAUGAUGAUUCCAUCUGAUUGGCUAUUGAGAACAGAUGACAUGAUAAAUCUGCCAAAUGAAAGCUUUUCAGAAGCGGCACACCAGAGCUCUCCCGUGAUUAAAGUUACUGAAGAAGGAAAUGUGGAGCGAUCGCCAGAAAGCUCUUUGCCCCUUCCAGUAUCCCGCUCUGAUACAUCAGAAGUUGGAUAUCUUAAUGUCCCUUCCCCUAAGGUCAUCAUUGCAGCCUCAGAGGACUGUGGAGCACCGGAGCCAAGCAUCAACGAUGUAUAAAACUACUUGUAAUGUUUUACUACGAGGAACUGACUGUUCAUAGUAAGAAUGACCACUAUGUAGCUCUUCCUGGACUGAAUUAGGUGCCUUCCCUUUAAAAGUGUUUAUUUCAUGCUGCUAAUUGCACAGUGAGGUUGAGACGUCACAAACGACUCCACCAUGUAAACAUAAUAUGACUGCUAAU